CGUUUCAGCCUCUUAUACCUAUUAUUACCUAUCAACAAAAUGAAAACAAUGACUUUGGGCAACAUGAAACUUAAACAAUAUAUUUAUUUUUUCGUUUGAGCCUAUACCUACUGCUAAUUUGAAGCUACACUGUAUGAGUGAGGAACUUUAAUUAUCAAAUUGAAUACUAACGGAUUACAAUAAUACAGAAUGACCUUACCUGAUGUGAAUGGCGCUACAAACGUAGUCCUACAAUUAAUAAUGACUACCCGUAUUGUCAUUGAUUUUUUAGAUAAGUUUCAAGUUCGAAUUUUUAUAGGAUCAUUCACAUUAGGUAUACAGAUACACGACUAAAGAAUUAUUUAUAUUUGAUAAACACUAGUUUUACUUCAGUCUGUAAUUGUGUAGCAACCUGCCGAGGCGCUUUAUUAAGAAAAUCCGUUUAGUUAAUACACAUUUUUUCCAACUACAAAACAAUAAUGCAGGAUCCAAAAACAUAUCAAGAAGUCAGUAAUAUGCAAAAACGAGACCUUGAAGUCAUUUUAAAAGAAUAUCAAUCUGAAUGGAAACAUAAAGAUGCAAGAAUUAUGGACAUUGGUUGCGCCGACGGUAGCGCCACCAUUCGUCUUUGGAAAAAAUACAUACCGCAGAACUUUAAGACUUUAGUCGGAAGUGAUAAAAGCCUGGCAUGUGUUAACUUUGCUAAGAAGCAUUACGAGAGCGAAAAAGUAAAAUUCAUGACACUUGAUAUAGAAAAGGAAAUACCUAAUGAACUAAAAGGAUGCUUUGACCAUGUGGUCUCAAACUAUGUGUUCCAUUGGGCGCAACAGCAAGAAAAAAGCUUCUCAAAUAUAUACGAAAUGCUAGCAAAGGACGGCAAAUGCCUGAUAAUAUUCCUCGGCAAUUGCAACAUUUUCGAAAAUUAUCGCACACUCUCGCGCACUUCAACAUGGAAUUCCUACAUUAAAGAGGUCAAGACUAAGUUUAUGUCUCCUUACCAUGAUUCUCAGGACCCAGAAACAGAAAUUAAAAACUUGAUGAAGAAAAUUGGUUUCCGAGAUAUAAGUGUCAAAGUACACGAACUUUCAUUUGAUUUUAUACGCGGUAUAGACGAAUUUAGUGAUAUGAUGAAAUGCCUGAACCCUUUCGAAGGACUGGAGAACAAAUGGGAAGAUUUCAUAGCUGACUAUGUCCAACUGGAUCCAAAUGCGAGCACCAUCGUAUAUCAGCUGUUGGUUGUUUCUGGAAAGAAAUGAGGACAAUGUUUUAAGUUACUAUUGUAGUAGUAGUAAACACUUUAUAGCAAAUAACAAAUUGCAAGUACAGUCAACAAUUAUAAUGGUUAUUUACAAAGGCGAGCUUAUCUAUUGUAUUUAUUUAUCGCGAUAUUUAUGAGUACAUACGAGUAUGUGGCUUGGAUCUAAAAUUAUUCAUUGAGCAUCAAUUAGCUCCAUAAUACAUAAUCUACAGUUUGCGCUAUUUAAAUAAAAAUAUUUUUUGACAUUAAAAGAGCACUUAAAUUUCGCAUUUUAAUCUCGUCGGGUACCACGGCGGGCGGGUGGUCUAGUGGUAAUGACAUUAGCCGCGUAAGAUAAAGAUCCGGGUUCGAUCCCCGGCUCAGCCACCGGUGGGCCUUGUCGUUUUUUCUUUCGUGUAGGAUAUCUAUUUCAAUUUAAAAUUUAUAUAUAGUAGACUAUUUGAAAAAUAUUCAAUAACAUAAUUGAAUUUGUUCCCUAGUUAUGUAUGAAAUAUUGAAAUAUUAAAUAUCUUGUUAGAGACUUAACAGUAUACAGUCUAAUCAAACAACAAAUAAAAAUGACACAAAGUUUUUUUUAUUUGUUUGUUUUGUCUCACGGGUGAGCGUUUUUGGGCGAAGUACUUUGCAAUGUUUCCGCCUGGGAAAGGAUUUAGUGUAAUGGCCUAUUAGUGUCCCAAAAGCUUGCUCAGUGCUGCUAUUUGCACGAUGAGGUCUUCCUCUCACGGGUCUAAUAGGCCUCUGAUGAAAUUGAUGUUUUAAACCCCCAAUUGUGCUUGGUUACGAUGUUUACAUCUGGGUAGCUGGAAGUGUUGUUUCAUUUGUACCACUAAAUCCAUAUACCUAUUACACAAGUAGAUAUACCUACAUAGGAACCUACCUAAGAUAAAAUAUUUAAAGUACGAGUAUCGCUGAAAUACUCAUUCAAUUCAUAAAUAACAGCAACUGGAUGAGUAUUUAAUUAUAUGCGUUUUUUUAAAACUACUUUUUGUCCUACCAUUUUCAUUACUUGUUACAAACCUAUGAUGGUACUUUAUGUAUUUUUAUAAAUAAACUCUAGAUUACACACGUUUAUUGCUUUUGUACCCGCCCAACCAGAAAAAAAAUAUAAUUAAUAACCAUACGUAGACAUGUUUUAUAUUCAUAUGUCCCUAAAAUUAUUAUCCACGCCAACGGACUUUUCUGACCUCAACCCAAUAAAAAUAAAUACUAAAGUAUAUGUAUCUA